AGCUUAUUACACAAACUAUUACGGAUAAAUGGGACAAUGGAGCGUAAUAGAAAUCAAUCAUUUUUCAGUGAUGCCACAGCAAGGAAGGCAACCUUUACAACAUGAAGCCAUGGCAAAAGCGACAACGACAUGGCAACGGCCCCCAACGGGUCACUGGAAGCUAAAUAUUGACGCUUCAUGGAUAGCGAAACAGGUCAAGGGACCUAGGAUUGUUUCAAAAGUCGAACAAAAGGCAACCUGUAGCACUUGGAAGAUCAAAGUUAUGGAUUUGGCUGCAAUUCUUGAAGGGCUUAAGAUGCUUGUACCAACCGACCAUUGCCCUGUUCUUGUUGAAUUAGACUCCAUUCACUCUUCGUACCCUCCCUCUGAAACGAGUGCUUCAUGGAUCACUUCCAUCGUCCAUUCCUCCCUCACCACCAAUUGAACCCACGUAGCUAUAUCGACAUCGAACCCUUUGCUCUAAACCGUUUUCCCCAUUAGAAGUUUGAGAAGAAUCUCGCCAAAAGUCAAGGAUGUCGAGCUUGAAUACACUUUCCUCCAUGGAGUGGCAAAUGAUAGGGCAAUCAUUUUCGACCAUAUACAGGUUGUACAGGUGGCAUGGUCAUGUUUGUCCAAAGCGGAUCGCCUCUACAUGUAUGUCCAUUCUAAACCGUUUACCUUGUUUUUAUUGCAUGUAUUAUAUUCUAGCUUAGUUAUUUACCUUUCUUGUAAUUUUGUUGGUGUUCGUCUUCUUGACACUUGAUGUUUACACCUACCAAAGUUAAUUUAAGAAUAAAAUUAGUUGCCAAA